GUUAAGAGUAUGUUGUUACAUGGGUAUUUUUAUGUAUUGUAUAAUUGUAUGUAUUGUAUAAUUGUGUAUAAUUAUUAUGUAGCUUGUUUCUAACAUUUAUUUCACCAGACAAACACAGAGUAGGCCGAGAUACCGUUUAAUUGGCCAUGCUAGCUAACGUUGGCGUUACUUGGAUAUCGAUAGCUUUUUGAUGAGCUGACCAUUACAGGAAAGUCUUCAAAAAACAUGAAAAACAUGUUUCAUUCUAUUUUAUAUGUAUCAAACUGAUAGUCUGUCUGAAAUUCCGUGACAUUUUCUUCUGUUGGACCGAUUCAACCAGACUAUUAUCUAUUGGACAAGAAACGAAAUGAGUGUCUUCUACCUGAGUGAAUAUGUCUUAUAUGCUUCCUCAUCUACACAAUGGCUGGCAAGUGGACCAGGCCAUUCUCUCUGAGGAGGACCGUGUUCUAGUUAUUAGGUUCGGACACGACUGGGACCCAACUUGUAUGAAAAUGGAUGAAGUGCUUUACAGUAUUGCUGAAAAGGUGAAAAACUUUGCCGUCAUAUAUCUGGUUGACAUCACAGAGGUUCCGGAUUUUAACAAGAUGUACGAGUUGUACGAUCCAUGUACAGUCAUGUUCUUUUUCAGGAACAAGCACAUUAUGAUUGAUUUGGGCACAGGCAACAACAACAAGAUCAACUGGACUAUGGAGGACAAGCAAGAAAUGAUUGACAUUGUUGAAACUGUAUACAGAGGAGCAAGAAAAGGAAGAGGUCUUGUUGUAUCUCCAAAAGACUAUUCAACAAAAUACAGAUACUGACCUUUCUUCUUUCUAUUUCAUCUGAACAGGGGAGUUUGUACUUUUCCCAUUGUACAGUUGCCAUUGUAGUGCAAUUUCUGACCAUUUCUCUGUUGCAUUUGACUGUGAUAUUAAAUGUCUUUGUUUUACACAUA